GUGCCGGUGUCACGUGCCUAGGGAGAGGAGGAACUCGUCACGCUUCUCUCCGCCCUCUUUCUCUUCCUCCCCUCAGUACCCCCUCCCCCCCGCCCUGGUACCCCCGCGCUCCCCCUGGCCGCCAUGUUUUCCGACAGGGCCCGGCUUUGGCUUCCCCCAUAAGGAAAUGGCCAAACAGCACCAAAGAGCCCUGGGGCUGUCGCUACUACGGAACCCGAGCUAACGAAGCUGGAAGGAGGCCAUGGCGUCCAGCAGUAACUGGUUGUCUGGGGUGAAUGUCGUGCUGGUGAUGGCCUAUGGGAGCUUGGUAUUUGUGCUGUUGUUCAUUUUUGUGAAGAGGCAGAUCAUGCGUUUUGCUAUGAAGUCUCGAAGAGGCCCUCACGUCCCUGUGGGGCACAACGCUCCCAAGGAUCUGAAGGAAGAGAUUGACAUCCGAUUAUCCAAGGUUCAGGAUGUAAAGUAUGAACCCCAGCUCCUCGAAGAGGAUGAUGCCAGACUCUUGCAGCUGGAGACACCAGGAAAUCAACAUUGCUACAAUUACCUGUACAGGAUGAAAGCAUUGGAUGCCAUUCGUGCCUCGGAGAUCCCAUUCCAUUCAGAAGGCCGGCAUCCUCGUUCCCUGAUGGGCAAGAACUUCCGCUCCUAUCUGCUGGAGCUUCGAAACGCGAGUACCCCCUUCAAGGGUGUCCGCAAAGCUCUCAUUGAUACCCUGCUAGAUGGCUAUGAGACAGCUCGAUAUGGAACUGGCGUGUUUGGCCAGACUGAAUAUCUACACUAUCAGGAAGCACUGAGUGAACUGGCUGCUGCUGUCAAAGCCCGUGGUGGGAGCUCCCAGCGGCAGCACCAGUCGGCAGCUAAGGAUCUAACACAGUCUCCUGAAGUUUCCUCCCCAACGACUAUCCAGGUCACCUAUCUGCCCUCCAGCCAGAAGAGUAAAAGAGCCAAGCACUUCCUAGAGCUGAAGAGUUUUAAGGAUAACUACAAUACACUAGAGAGCACCCUCUGACUGAAUUUGGGGAGAGCCAUAGCCAACAUGGCUUCACUAGGAGGAUCCUGCCCCCCAGGGCAGGAGACACAGCAGCACUGGACAGCAUUGAUAACAUUGUGCCCAGAAUUCUUGAAAUGUGUGUCUGGAGAGCCUUCCUGAGCUUAUCCCUCUGGUCUGUUGUAGAACUAAAGUUCCAUGAGGCCCUCUUUCCCUCUCCAAUAGCUUUUUUAUGGAGUUGAAUCCACAUAAUUUUCCUCUGGCUGUGUCACUUCCUCUUUACCCCAGCUUGUUUUUGAUCAUGGUUAUUUUUUACCCUCUUUCAAAGUCAGUUUUAUCCUAAAUAGGUUAGUGGGGUUGUGGGAGGGGGCAUUUAUGAUGUUAGAAAUGGAAACCACAGAGCCCCUAUCUUACCUACUUGGAUGGGGACUCUAGCCCACAGACAUGUCAUUUAAAGUUGUGGAGUGAAAAGGGCAGAAGGGAACUAGGGUGUUAUACUUAAACAGAGCCCUGUUGAGAUUUGUGUUGUGUUUAGUGCACUGCCUUUCCCUUCUCUUCAAGAUGUGACUGAGGGGAACUGUCAGUGAUACAGGCACUAAUUCCAUAUUCCCCCAGUAAGUUACAGUACUGGUCUGACUUUAUAAACCAGUUAUUUAAUAAAAACAGCUCUAAAAAAUA